AUGAGCACCGGCAAUUUCGCCGACUCGAUUCGUGAGCAGCAGCUGGCAGCCAGGCGCACGGCCGAGCAGCUCCGCCUCGAAGUCGAGUACAGCACAGACGCGCCCAAGGACGAGCAUACCGCGCGACUAAACCUGAUCGAGUCGCAGAUGCGCAAGCAGCAGCGCGAGUUCCGCGCAGCACUGCUCAAAUACAAGGGCAACUCAGCCUCGGCUGCCAAGAAGGAGCGCGAGCUGCUGCUGAGCGGGGCCGCAACGCCGUCGGAGCUGCGCAAGCGCAAGGCGCGCACGGGCAAUGCGGUGCUGAAUGCGGCGACCGAUGUGACCACGGCGCUGCAGGAGACCUGUGAGCUUGAUGAACGAGGAGAUUGA